AUGUCUUGGAAGGUUAUGACCGCUUUAGACAACAGCCGUGCGGAGGAGAGAUCCAGACUGAACCUGAACGGGAGCCGUCAGCUCUCGAAAAGCGCCACGGAGCUCCGGAACAACGACAACAGUUCGCCGUCGCGACACGGUGAACAGCCCGACUCCGGGGUCGUACAUCAUCAUCGGCAUCAUCGUCACGCCGCGUCGGUGGCGCAACGUACGCACACAUUUUUCGCCACUUUGAAGAGCCGUUGGUCCCGUAGCCGUAGCAAGGAGCGAAAGAAAUCGAAGGAUGCCGGUACCACGCACGGCCAGGACGCGUCCUGCAAGGGAACGGGAGGGGCCGAAUCCGAUUACGCCGCGGAUUACUCGUCGGAGCACAGCAAGAGCUCCUCAGCCACUCAGAGCCCGGCCAGGCAUUGCCUCAAUCAUCCAGAGUCACCGUUGGCGCGGGGCGGACGGCAGACCGUCGUGACGAGACUGGAGGACAGUCCUGGUAAAUGCAGCGAGGCUCACUCGAAAGGAUCCUUGAGCUUCCAGGCAUCGAACGACGAGGCACGUGGAUCGAUCGGCCAGGAUGAUAACGCGUUCCUUCAUGAGGAAGUCUCCCGUAGGAGGGAAUUGGCGUUGCGGCAGCAUGCUUUUUUUCAGCUUCGUUUGCACAUCAGAAGAGGGACGAACCUCGUUGCCAUGGAUAGAUGCGGCGCCAGCGAUCCUUACGUGAAAGUGAAAUGCUCUGGUCGAUUGCUGCACAAGUCGCGGACCGUUCACCGCGACCUGAAUCCAGUUUGGGACGAGAGCGUGACCUUGCCCAUCGAAGACCCUUUUCAGUUGCUCACAAUCAAGGUCUUCGACUACGAUUGGGGCCUUCAGGAUGAUUUCAUGGGCGCCGCCCAGUUGGAUCUGACGCAGCUGGAUCUUGGCCAGCCACAGGAUGUCGUGCUGGAACUGAAGGAUCCGGCCAGGCCGAAGCAAGAUCUCGGCGAGAUCUAUCUGACGGCGACCCUAUGGCCGAGGAACCAGCAGGAGAAAGAACAGUAUUUCCAGAGGACCAACCGAUUGGCGGACGUAAAUAGACGAUUGAAGUCACAGAUAUGGAGCUCCGUGGUGACGAUUGUACUCGUAGAGGCAAAGAAUCUGCUGCCGAUGGAUAUAGACGGUCUCUCGGAUCCCUAUGUCAAGUUUCGACUGGGAACAGAGAAGUACAAGUCGAAAGUGGUGCACAAGACCCUGAAUCCGGUAUGGCUGGAGCAGUUCGAUCUUCAUUUGUACGAAGACCCGUACCUAGGCCAGGAGUUGGAGGUGACAGUUUGGGAUCGGGACAAGAGCCAUCAGGACGAUAUGAUGGGACGAACGGUGAUCAAUUUGGCGAUCCUCGAACGUGAGACCACGCAUCGUCUGUGGCGUGACCUGGAGGAUGGGUCUGGGAACAUAUUUCUGCUGUUAACCAUCAGCGGCACCACGGCCAGCGAGACCAUCAGCGAUCUGGCCGCUCACGAGGACACGCCUCGCGAACGGGAGCAAUUAUACCAAAGAUAUUCAAUGGUGAACACGUUGCAGAGGAUACGAGAUGUUGGUCACUUGACUGUGAAGGUAUUCAAGGCUCAAGGCCUCGCAGCGGCCGAUUUGGGAGGGAAAAGCGAUCCCUUCUGCGUCCUCGAGCUGGUUAACUCCAGGUUACAGACUCAAACGGAGUACAAGACUCUUGCGCCAAACUGGCAGAAGAUAUUCACCUUCAACGUAAAGGACAUUAAUGCUGUGCUAGAAGUGACAGUGUACGACGAGGACAGGGACCACAAAGUAGAGUUUCUCGGGAAAGUCGCCAUACCGUUGUUGAGAAUCAGAAACGGCGAGAAAAGGUGGUACGCGUUGAAGGACAAGAAGCUUAGAGGUCGAGCCAAGGGAAAUUCGCCGCAGAUCCUGUUGGAGCUGACCGUUGUCUGGAAUUUCAUCAGGGCCUGUGUCCGAACGUUGAAUCCCAGGGAGAAGAAAUACAUGGAGCCGGAGAUCAAGUUCAAGAGACAGGUGUUUUUACGGAAUGUGCUUAGGCUGAAAGCGAUCAUCAUCAUCUUCAUCGACAUUGGGAAAUACAUACAGAGCUGCUGGGAGUGGGAAAGUAAAAUGAGAAGCAUCUUCGCGUUCGUUCUCUUCAUUUUUGGCUGUUACUACUUUGAACCAUAUAUGAUCCCUGGCGCGGCGCUACUUAUUCUUCUAAAAUAUUAUUUGCUUAACGGCGAUCGGGGUGGACUGAAUCAAUGGAUUUCCGGACAGGUCGCGGUGAUCACCGGCACGCCUCUUUCUCACAACUCCGGUUCCCAUUUCCACGACGACGGUGACGAUGGUCCGACCACUCCAGGGGACGAUGACGACGACGACGACGACAAAGACAAAGAAGAAAAGAAAAGUCUGAAGGAACGACUGCAGGCGAUUCAGGAGGUGACCCAGACCGUUCAGAAUUCGAUCGGUUACAUAGCCAGCCUUUGCGAGAGGGUGAAGAAUCUCUUCAAUUUCACCGUCCCCUAUCUGAGUUACGUGGCCAUAGUGCUGGUGAUCCUUGGGGCCGCUGUACUGUAUUUCAUACCGGUCAGAUAUCUGAUCUUGGCGUGGGGCGUGAAUAAAUUCUUCAGAAAGAUCAUCCGGCCUCACUCGGUUCCGAACAACGAGGUUCUCGAUCUGAUAUCCAGAGUGCCCGACGACGAGGAGCUACUUAAUUACAGUGAUUUGGAGGUCAGUAAAGAGAAAUUUUGAGAAGACACUAUCCGAACACCUGUUAGAGUCCGGGGAGUUAAAACCCUUACCGACAGCCGACUGCGAGAAAGCCGGCACAUCGGGCAGUCCAGGGGCCUCGAGUCUGACGCGACGGGAGCAAAGAAAGAGACAAAAGGCUGCGUAGCAGCAUGCCCCGCGGCCGGAAGUCGCGGGUCUACGAUCACCGAGCAUCCUGAGAACGGUUCUGUUGCGCCGGAAGAUGCGCGGCCGUAAGGAAUCGACCGAGGCUCCAGAUGUGAUC